AUAGGUUUCUCUGUGCGUAUUUGUGUGUGCACCUUAGGUAGAUGUGUGUGUGUGUGUGUGUGUGUGUGUGCGUGUGUGUGUGUGUGUGUGUGUGCGUGUGUGUGUGUGUGAGCGCGUGUCUAAUCGUCCCGUCCAACUCCACCCAGCAUCAUUCAGACUAAUGCGGGUCAGGCCAGAGGAGGAGUGGGGAAUCAGAUAUCUCUUGGGUUUUAGUUCAGUCGGGAACAGGACGGGAGUGAAAGGGGGAAUUUUUCAGCCUCUGUCAUCAGUUUCGGUUUGGAGGUCCACUCGUAGAGGCAGUCGACUGACUCCCGUCUGACCCACCACCACACCACAGUAUACCCGGGCCGAGAGAGACUAGGCGAGCGGACUGUGGCCAAAGUCAUCAUCAAGGGGGUGGUGGGGGGACGGACAGGAAGCCGGUGAAGCGGGCGAACAAUCAGCCGCUCCGAAGGGGCAGUGCAUUCCACAGGAAACGUCCCGACUUCCUGAACAGGCAUCCGGGCUCUCGUUUCUCGACUUUGGGCUUUUGGGCUCAGUUUGGUUUUUCGGGGAAUCCACACAGGAGCAGCUUUUGGGCAGGCAGGGCAGGCAGGGCAGGCUGCCUCAAGAGUCUCUCAUGUCCUCGUAGGGCGAGUUUUCUCCCCUGGCGCCCAGAGUUGCUGAACUGGUAUCCGGGCUCUUGACUCUGGGUUUUUGGUCUUUUGGGCUCACUGGAGUUUUCGGGGAAUCCACACAACAGCAGCUUCGGACAGGCAGUCUGCCUCAAGAGUCUCUCAUAUCCGCGUAGGGCGAGAUUUCUCUCCGGGCGUCCAGACUCAGCAAGGCAUCCGGGCUCUCGACUCGGCUAUCAGCUCUUGACUCGACUUGACUCCUCUCAGUUGGGUUUUAUCGAGGAAUCAAUACAAGGGUCAGCAGCGGUCUCAUACGUGACAUACAGUACUGGAGUGCCCCAUUUGUCUCUGGGCUAUCGGUUUUUGGGUUUUCAAGGGAAUCAGUACAACAUCAACAAUGGCGUAACCCGUCAAUUCCUGCUUCAGGCAGUCUCUACAGUGUCUCACACCAAGGACUGGAAGGCCUGGGUUUCUUUUUUCUCUGGGCUCUUGGUUUUGGUCUCAGUUGGGUUUUUCAGGGAGUCAACACCGAACCGGCAAUAUUGCUCAGAAGGGCCAUCUCCGGGCAGGCAGUCUCUGACAUCCCGGACUGGACGGCCCGUUUUUUUUCUCUCCCCAGACAAGCACUGGGCCGAGUCUCUCUCUCUCCUACACAGUAAAUUCUGCAGUGUUCAUUUAACACUUAUAGAGUUGAUUUGACAUCAUUUGGACUUAGAUGAACUCUUUAAGAGUUGAAUUAACACCGCAACAUUUACUGUGUAGUUCAGUUCGCCGCACUACCUGGGAGCGGAAGGAGAGAAGGAGAGAUGGAGAGAGAGAAAGGAAGAGACAGUGUGAUUGGCAUGAUUUCUCCGGUUCUGAGUAUCAGAAGAAAGAAGAGCAGAAGCUCAGUCCUCCUUCGCCCUGGGAGCACAGCGGAAGGAGAGAAAGACAGAGGCAGCAUGAUGAGCGAGGGUUCCCCAGUUCUGAGGAGGCAGAAGAGCAAGAGGAACAUGUCUGUGUCUCAGGUCUCCUGGCCUGUUCCAAUGAGGGCCAUCGGUGCUCAGAACCUGCUGACCAUGCCGGGGGGCGUCACCACCUCCGGAUAUCUGCACAAGAAGGGAGGAAGUCAGUUUAGUCUCUUGAAAUGGCCCUUGCGGUACAUCAUCAUACACAAAGGCUGUGUGUAUUACUUCAAGACCAGCACCUCGGCCACACCGCAAGGAGCGUUCUCACUCAGCGGCUACAACAGGGUAAUGAGAGCGGCAGAGGAGACGACGUCCAACAACGUGUUCCCCUUUAAAGUGGUACACUUCAGCAAGAGACAUCGGACCUGGCUGUUCUCUGCUGCCAGUGAAGACGAGAGGAGGAAAUGGAUGCGUCAUUUGAGAAGAGAAAUCGACCACUAUAAUGACCGCCGAGACAUGUGUAUAUCGAGUGACCAGGACGAUGCUGAUGACGAUGCUGAGAGCUUCUACGGGACUAUUGAGAGCCCAAUGGAAAUCACCCACGCUGCUGAAAACCCAGAGGCUGAUUACGUCCUUGAUGAGGACUCUGACGAAGACGACUACUUGAAGCCUGAUGAGUCACCUCCUCCACCUACAGGUCGCACCAUCGCACCGCCCCCCUCCUACCCUCCUCCUCCUGUGCCGUACCACCCCCACCCAAACUCGCAGGCCGCCCUCAACAAGCCCCCAGCGUCCACACCCCCGCCCAUCCCAAGGAAGCCUCCCCCGUCCUGCCCCGUGCCCACCCCUGCCGGCCUGACCCCCCCAGGCUUCGCCCCUCCCCAGGUCCCCACCAGCCCCGUCCCCAAACCAAGCUGCUUACGGCCAGGCCCACGCAUCCCUGCGCCUCCCAUCCCAUCGUCCCACACCAAGCCUCCGGGCACCAGGACUAUCUCCACCAUGCCCCCCUGUGGCGAGGGCAGGGACGGCAGGCCCGGCGGGUCCGUGGUGGUACCGCACCCAGCCACGCUGCCCAUCUGCAGGGACCUGGAGAAGGUCAUACUGGCCGGUCACCCCAAGCCCCCCCACUUACCGCCACCCAGCAGGCCGCCUACUGUCUCUCCACCCACCCCGUCCUCUCUCCACAGACCUCCACCUCCCACGUGUCUACCCAGUCAAGCGGCGGGCUUCAAGCCCCAUAGACCGGCUGGGCCACCCUCCGUCAAUUUUCUUCCUCCCGUGGCGAAGCCCCCCAUGCCUGUAGCCAAGCCCCCGCGAGUCUCCAUGCAAAGAUCGUCUCCAGAUGGGCAGAGUUUUCGCUCCCCGGUGGACGAGAUGCCCAGCGUGGUGCAAAGGAAGAAACCGAGGAAGAACCACCACGUGGACGACGAGGACUCAGACGACGACGGCUAUGAAAAUGUGCACCUGCCAGAUACUGUAUUUCUGGACACAGUAGAAACCAGCACUGUUGAAAGAAUGUUUAAGGACUGGGCUGGUUGUCCGCCAGAUGGGCUGUAUGGCUUCCGCAACUCAGGAACCAAAACAUCUAAGGUGCUUGUUGUCUGGGAUAUCAGCUUAAACAAAGCAAGGAACUACAGGCUCUUUGAAGAGCUCUCCAAGUUCUUCCUGGAGACGGACUACACCUUCAACUCGCUGGCCGAGCUGGUGGAGUACUACCACACGCACCCGCUGCCCAACCACGGCUCCCUCUGCCUACAGAAACCGUACGGCUACAUCCCCCCGAGGUGAUCGCCAAACGGGCCACCCACCUGUACCACCAUCCCUCCAUCUUCCGCAUCUCUCUAUCUGUGUCUCCACCUUGCAAGGACUCAUGCCAAGGACUGAUGAUGUCGCUCCCCAGCGGCCAGAGGCGCAUCUUGCCACCAGGCAAGGCAGGCAGUCGCUUGGGACCCUUAAGCCCCUAGAUAGUGAAUAAUAGCCCAUACUGUGCUACAGUAGUGGUGAUUUUGGGUUCAAAUGUCCAUUCUUUUGCAUUUUCACUUGGGGCCCCACCUGACCCUAGAAUCGCCUCUGCUAGCGGCCAGUGGCAGGCUCCAAUGGCUUGUCUGUCUGUGUGCCAUAGACACUGACAU